AUGUCAAGAUAUCUCCGACAAUCGAGCCAGCUGGCGCGGCUAGCCAGGCUCUCGCAACAAUCCAGUUUUCACAGGAUUCUACGACUGCCCGCAGUGUCACGGUCGAUUCCCACACGGACACUCCCAGGUGCCUACGGCCUCUCUGUGAAGUACUACUCCUCUUCAAAGCCACCGCAGCCAGAAGAAGACUCGAAGGCGAAAAAAGACCGUACGCCCGAAAUACCCAAAAACCAGAAUGAAUCGGCCAAGACUGGCAGAGAGAAGGAUGCUGAGCCUGCGAAUCUCGCACCACUUCCCGAAGGAUGGAUUCGAUUAUCAAAAGACGAAAUUGCUCAGCUCGAUGCCUUCCAAAAGGUUCUGCCAGAGGCUCAAAGAGCCACAUUGAAGGACAUUUUGCGAGGUCUGCAGCAGACUGGUGCUCCUGCCGAGGUCCGUGACUUGUUGGCCAAGAUGCGCAAAGGUCCGGGCAAUUUGUCGAUACUGGACAAGGGCCGACUGAUGCGGUGCGUAUUCAUGAUGGCUGAGCGUUUGGCUGAAUGGGAAGUUGAGGAGCAACGAAAAGGAAACCGAAUGUUUGAUCAGAACCAACGACCGGACCAAGACCAAAACGAUGGCCAUACUGGCAAGAGUGAGCCCGAAUUCGAAACACGUAAUAAGAAGUCGGACGAGAGCGGAUCACAUCAGCAGGGACCUGGAGGCCCCAAAAAGCCCGAGCGAAAUGGUUGGAUGGACGCUCUGCAGACAGGUCUAGUUCUCGGCAUCACACUAUGGGCUGUUGACUCUCUCAGCAAGCCGUUCUCUGAAAAGGAAAUCACCUGGCAGGAAAUGCGGAGGGCUUUCCUAGACAAGGGCCUAGUACAGAAAAUGGUUGUGGUCAACGGCUCUCAGGUUCGUGUCGAGCUGCACCCGGAUGCUACCCAAGGCGAUGCUGGCUCCAAUGGCAAGAGGACCUACGUUUUCACCAUUGGCUCCGUAGAGUCAUUCGAGAAGAAGCUUGAAGAAGCCCAGGAUCAACUCGGCAUUCCUGCUUCAGAGAGAAUACCCGUUAGCUACGAGACUGGCGGCAGCACAAUUGGUAACCUUCUCUUGGCCUUUGGCCCAACCCUACUAUUCAUCGGUCUCAUUUUGUGGACUCAGCGAUCCAUGGGCGGCCGGGCUGGUGGCGGUGGCAUGUUCAACUUUGGCAAGAGCAAAGCUAAGAAAUUCAACGCCGAGAGCGCUGUCAAGGUCAAGUUUGCCGACGUUGCUGGCCUGGAGGAAGCUAAGACGGAAAUCAUGGAGUUUGUCAGUUUCUUGAAGCAACCCGAGAAGUUUGAGAAGCUUGGCGCCAAGAUUCCCCGGGGUGCUAUUCUGGCCGGCCCACCAGGUACCGGAAAGACUCUCCUUGCGAAAGCUACUGCGGGCGAAUCCGGGGUUCCCUUCUUCAGUGUGAGCGGAUCCGAGUUCGUCGAAAUGUUUGUCGGAGUCGGUCCUUCCAGGGUGCGAGACUUGUUCGCUGAGGGUCGCAAGAACGCUCCAUGCAUCAUCUUUAUUGACGAAAUCGAUGCUAUUGGUCGUGCGCGAAUGGAGAGCGGACGUGGAUUUGGUGGCAACGAUGAACGAGAGGCUACGCUGAAUCAGAUCCUGACCGAAAUGGACGGCUUCAACACUCGUGAACAAGUUGUCGUGUUGGCUGGUACAAAUCGCGCAGACAUUCUGGACAAGGCCCUCAUGCGACCUGGGCGAUUUGAUAGACACAUCUUUAUUGACCGACCGACCAUGAGCGGACGCAAAGAAAUCUUCAAGGUGUAUCUCAAAAAGAUUGUCACCAAUGAAGACCAAGACUUCCUCGUCGGCCGGCUUGCCACUUUGACUCCUGGGUUUUCUGGUGCCGACAUCUCCAACGUUGUCAACGAGGCAGCCCUCAUUGCUGCCCGAGGUAAUGCCGAGGAAGUCAAAAUGAUACAUUUUGAACGAGCAAUUGAGCGUGUCAUUGGAGGAUUGGAGCGCAAGUCCCUUGUGUUGAAACCGGACGAGAAGAAGACGGUGGCUUAUCACGAGGCUGGCCAUGCCAUCUGUGGCUGGUUUCUUCGCCACGCCGACCCUCUUUUGAAGGUCUCUAUUAUCCCUCGUGGGCAGGGUGCUCUUGGAUAUGCGCAGUACCUGCCUCAGGAUGCUUAUCUGAUGAACACCAACCAGCUGAUGGAUCGCAUGGCGAUGACCAUGGGGGGUCGUGUUUCGGAAGAACUCCACUUUCCCACUGUGACGACUGGCGCAAGUGACGAUUUCAAAAAGGUAUCACAAAUGGCGCGAAAUAUGGUGACCCAGUGGGGAAUGUCUGACAAGGUUGGACCUGUCUUCUUUGAGAACGACCCGAACCGGAUGCAGAAGCCGUUUGCUGAGGCAACAGCUCAACAAAUCGACCAAGAGGUGCACAGAAUUGUGGAUGAAGCCUAUAAGCGAUGCAAGGACCUCCUGCUCGAGAAGAAGCGCGAGGUUGGGCUUAUAGCCGAGGAGCUGCUGAAGAAGGAGGUGCUUGUCCGGGACGACAUGGUCCGUAUUCUGGGUAAGAGACCAUUUGAAGACAACAACGAGGAGUUUGAGAAGUACUUUGGAGGGGGCAAGGAAGAGAGCGCACCGCCGGCACCAUUCCCUAUGGACGAGACGGAUACACCAAAGGAAGAGCCUCCAGCUCCGGCCCCAGCCUUCAGCCAACAUGCUGACGGGCCAAGGUGA